CACAAUGGCAUUUAAGGGGUGGCUUUGUCUAAGCAUCUCUCGUGAAAGUUGGGUGAGGGUGAACUUAAAGCAAAGUGAGAGAGUCUUUUAGCAUAUUCCCAUGUCCGACUCAUCAUAUUCGCUCCUCUUUGCAUAUAUGUGCUUCAUUUGAUGAUUUGAGAUCUUCCAAAAGCUUGUUCUGCCUAGUUGUGCACCCAUCCCCUUACUCUUAAGCGAUUCAUUAACAGAUUCGAAAAAUUCCCUCGAAUCAUCUCUUUUGGCCUGUCUCUCUUUCGCUCUCUCUCACAGACAGACACAGACACACACACUCAUGGAGCUUCUCAUGUUAAUGUAUGCUUCAUCCAUCUUGUACCUCAUUUUCAUCAUAUGGAAAAAGAUUGAUGAGAGGAGAGACAAGCACUGUUACAUCUUGGACUACCAGUGCUACAAGCCAACAGAUGACAGGAUGCUUGACACUGGGUUAUGUGGAGAACUAAUUAAGAGGACCAAGAAACUUGGUCUCCUGGAGUACAAGUUCCUGCUCAAGGCCAUUGUCAGCUCUGGCAUCGGAGAGCAGACCUACGGCCCAAGGAUGGUCUUCGCCGGCCGCGAAGACAAUCCCGCAUUAGAAGACGGGCUUGUCGAAAUGGAUGAGUUCUUCCACGACAGCAUCCAGAAGCUUCUGGACAAGUCAGGAAUUGCUCCUUCGCAGAUCGACGUGCUUGUUGUGAACGUCUCGAUGCUCGCUUGCGUCCCGUCCCUAUCGGCCCGGAUCAUCAACCACUACAAGCUUAGGCACAACGUGAAGGUGUUCAAUCUCACUGGCAUGGGGUGCAGCGCGAGCCUCAUAUCGAUGGACAUCGUGAGGAAUGUCUUCAAGUCCUGCAAGAAUGCGAACGCCCUCCUUGUGACAUCGGAGUCGCUGAGCUCGAACUGGUACUCGGGCAAUGACCGGUCUAUGAUCCUGUCUAACUGCCUGUUCCGGUCGGGCGGGUGCGCCAUGCUGCUGACCAACAACCGGGCCUUGAAGGGGCGCGCCAUGUUCAAACUGAAGUGCCUGGUUCGGACCCACCACGGGGCGCGGGACGAGUCCUAUGGGUGCUGUCUCCAGAAAGAGGACGACCAGGGCCUGCUUGGCUUCCACCUCGGCAAAAGCCUACCAAAGGCGGCCACCCGGGCGUUCAUCGACAAUCUCCAGGAGAUAGGCCCCAAGAUCUUGCCGGCCAGAGAACUGCUCCGCUUUGGGGUGAUGACUCUAGUCCGGAAAAUGGGGCAGCGCUCGGCGAAAUUAGCCGGGCCGAGGCCCGUGAUCAACUUCAGGACGGGGGUGGACCACUUCUGCAUCCACACGGGCGGGAAGGCAGUGAUCGAUGGGAUCGGGGCGAACCUCCAGCUGAGCGAGCACGACCUUGAGCCCGCGAGGAUGACGCUGCACCGCUUCGGGAACACAUCUGCGAGCAGCCUGUGGUAUGUGCUGGCAUACAUGGAGGCAAAGAGGAGGCUCAAGAGAGGUAACAGGGUGUUCAUGAUCAGUUUUGGCGCUGGGUUCAAGUGCAACAGUUGCUUGUGGGAGGUGGUCAGGGACUUGGGAAAUGAGAAAGGCAAAGGCAACGUUUGGGAGGACUGCAUCGAGAGCUACCCCUCAAAGAACAUGGUCAACCCUUUCAUGGAGAAGUACGGUUGGAUCAACCAGGAGGAUCCAUGCACCUUCAACCCAGACUCCUUAGUAAGAUAUAAUUGAAUUGAAGAAGAAAAAGAAGAAGAAGAAGAAGAAGAAGCUUAGUUUGGUUUUGCAUUCUCGAAAGAUGAAGUCUCUCUCUCUUUAGUGUCACCUUUGUCCUUUAGAUGAUUAUUAGCUCCUCCAUCAUACUUAGUCUUAUUCUGUAUCUUUUUACAGUAGUAUUGUUCAGUCCGAUUGGUGGAUAACACUGCCCAAUAAGCUUAAACUGCUUAGUUCACCAUAUGAUGAGGAGAAAUAACCAUCUUCUCCAUGUACAACUUUUUAUUUGGGCUUUAGUCGCUCCUUUUGUAGUUUGCAUGUACACUUUGAUUUGCCCAAUCUUAGAGCUGUAAUUGCGUUA